AUGGGAAAUGGUGACCAGGAUAGUAUACCAAGUGUUACUGAGUCAAGCCCUCAAGAAAGUGGUCAUGACCUAGAGCCAGAUUCAGUGCAACAGACGCCCGAAACCGUCAAGGAGGACCCGGAAACCGUCAAGGGGGACCACCAAACCGACAAGGAGGAUUGCGAAACCGUCAAGGAGGACCAUGAAACACUAGAGAUAGAAAAAGGGCCUUUCAUCGUAUUCCCACUUAUUCAAGGACUGCCAUCGGAAUUACAAUAUACAAAUUUUGAGGCUUACGGUGAGAAUAUAUAUUUGGGGACUGCCACCGGAGACCUCCUACACUACUUCGAGAUUGAGCCCCGCAAUUUUAUGCUGGUAUCCCAAACCAAAUUUGAUGAAGAAUCCUCCAACCCCAUAGAAAAAAUGAUCCUCUUGCCAAAAAUUGAGCGAGCAUUGGUGCUGUGUAAUGGCACUUUGGUCGUUUUUCUACUGCCUGAGUUUGCACCAGCUCCGAACACAUUAAAAGUCAAAAGAAUCAAUGACAUUGCUUUGAAGGACUUUUCAGAACGUACUAAAUCUUAUAAAGUCUAUGCAGCUCAAAAAGAGCAUGUUAAACUGCUAAAGAUAAGCAUUAACGGAUUGACGCUUUCAAAAAGCUAUGAUUACAAGCAAAUAGAGGCACUUAAAGCUCAUGAGCGUAUUCUAGCUGUGGCAAAAUCCAACAACUAUGAAAUUAUUAACUUGCUGACAUCAAAGAACAUUCCCUUAUUUAGAGUAAGUGAAACUAAUUCACCAUUGAAGCCAAUUAUUGCCGAUUUUAAUGGACAUGAAUUCCUGAUUGCCACAGGUGGAGCUUCGCCAGAAGAUAGUUCUAUGGCCCUCAUUGUUAAUCACGAAGGAGAUAUCGUUUACGGAACGAUUGUUUUAGAAAAUUAUCCUUCCUCAAUUUUGGUAUCGUACUCUUAUAUUAUCGUCAACUUUGAAAAGAAGGGGGUUUUCAUUUAUAGAAUUGGUGAGGAUCAAAAAAUGGUGCAGCGAAUAACCUCAAAAACAUCGAAUUUACACAUUGCCAGCACUUCGAAAUUGUUCAAAAAUUUUAGAAAUACAGAAUCGAAACAAAAAGUUAUUGAAAAACUGCGAAAAGUUUCACUGACUAUGGAUGGCAACCACCUAAGAACUGAAAAUGAAAGAGAUUAUGUCAGCAAUCUGUUUGUGGAGGGUUCGUCUAUAGCAAUCUACGGGAAGUCUGGAAUACAUAUAUUAGUAAAGCAAUCACCUAUCUUGGACUUCACUCGAUUCGAUGAAAUGUACAUUGAAGAAAUCAAUAGAUAUCUGGUGCAGAAGAAGUUAGAACCGAUUUCGGAGUAUGAAAAGAUUGAGCUUAACUAUUUGUCGACAAUGAUGUUGUUAAUAUUAUCCCUACAUUGCAAAAGUUUCAAUGAAUCUGUAAUAAAGGAAUGGUGUUCGAACAAAGAGUCUGUAGAUAUCAGAUUAUUGUUUUACAUUUUAGGGUUCCGAAUAUUUGGUGAUAUAUGGGUACCAAAUGGGCUGACUAAAGCAAUUGAAGAUGUCAAGUCACUGAAAUUAAUUAACAGAUGUAAUGACAUCAGCCAUUUAUUGGCACUUAUCAAGCUGGAAAUGAACAAGGCCGGUGCCGCUAAUGAGAGUGAAGAAGUGACAAAAACUGUUGAUGUGAAUAUUUUUGAAUUGCAACUAAGUGAAAAUCAAAUAUGUUGCGAUGUCUCCUAUUUCGACAGGAGAAGCUUGGAGGAAAUUACAAAGAUCCUCGAAAAGGAACCAAAUAAAUAUCAGGAUCUACUCCUGAAAGUUUACGAGAGAAGAGGAAUGUUUUUAGAGUCUUUAAAACUUCUCAAAAAGGAUGGAGGCCUCAACAGAAUGCUUCCAUUUUUCAAAAGUCACAUUACAAAAUUCCCUUCCACGUAUAUCGAUAACGGUCUGUUAGAAGACCUAUUACUAAUUAUUGAUACAUCCAAAGUAGUUGACACCCAUCUCAUAGACGAGGUAAUGCAAGUGCUCACUUCUGUAAAGGCGGACCCGCGGCGUCUCAUCGCCAAAGCAGGUGAACAGUCUAACGUGAAGGCACUGAUUAUUGAGAAUCUGGGUGCUCAGGACCCGGGUGAUAAGCAAUAUCUUGCCGAAUAUUAUAUUGUAAAAUUGCAGAGAAAUAUGCAAGAAAACGAUCUGUGGGAUCUCAUUGCAGAAUUCCUUACGAGUUAUACCCGUGAUAUGACCUACACAAAAUGUUCAGUAAACGACUUUUUAAUGAUCAAGAUUAACCAUAACGAGAAAUUUAAAGAUUUUUCAAAAUAUCUGCAAGACGUCAAAUCACUGUACGAAAUGAAUCAAGACGGCAGUCUGCUCAAUAACAUUGUUAAACAACUUGAAUCAUUUGACAUCGGUCAUACAUUGGCUCUCCUGUUCCUUGGCACCCACGAUCUUUUGAGAAGGUUUUUCACGAAAGAUGAGCUUUUCGAAAUCUUUAUGACCUGUAAUGAUUUUCUUAACACCGAUAUGUACCUGGAUGACAAUAACAUUAUUAAGGUGUUUGAACAUUAUGUCUCUCUCUCUAGAAGACAAAUUUCAAACUCAUUGAUAUCUCACCUUUUAGAAAGAAAUCAAAGGCUACUUAGAAAUCAGAAAACUCUACUAAAUAUUUUGAGCCAGAUUCCAAACGACAGCGACUUUGAAACAUUAUUCAAUCCAAUUUUUUGCAUAAUAAGGAAUAUCGAAAGCCGAGAAAUAGAUUUGAGCUUGAAGAAGAGUUUGUUGAAAGAUGAAAUAUGCAUUCAUAAAAGUCUUCUGAACAAGCUAAAUAAAGAUAAGCAGUCAUAG